AUACCGAAGAUACAUAGACUUAGAGAAGGCUCUGAACCAUGGAUAGCAUCUGUGCAGCAAAUACCACUUUUGCACUCAACCUCUUAAGAAAGCUGUGUGAGACCAAAAGCGGGCAGAAUCUAUUCUUUUCUCCUUUUAGUAUUUCUUCUGCUUUGUCUAUGAUUUUGCUGGGUUCAAAAGGUAACACCGAAGCCCAAAUAGCAAAGGUACUUUCUCUGAACAAAGCCAAGGAUGCUCACAACGGGUAUCAAUCGCUUCUCUCUGAAAUUAACGAUCCAAACACCAAAUACGUACUGAGAACUGCUAACCGACUUUAUGGAGAAAAGACAUUUGAGUUUCUCUCAUCAUUUAUAGAGUUGAGUCAGAAAUUCUACCAUGCUGGACUAGAACAGACUGACUUCAUGAACGCUUAUGAGGAUUCCAGAAGACAAAUAAAUGGCUGGGUAGAGGAAAGGACUGAAGGUAAAAUUCGGAACCUGUUGGUGGAGGGGAUUCUUAAUUCACUGACGAGACUUGUGUUGGUGAAUGCCAUCUAUUUCAAAGGCAACUGGGAAAAGCAGUUCAACAAAGAGUCAACAACAGAAAUGCCAUUUCAAAUUAACAAGGAGGAGACCAAACCUGUGCAGAUGAUGAUCAAGAAGGACAGAUUUAACAUGACCUAUAUUGGGGACUUCCAGACCAAAAUCCUUGAGCUCCCUUAUGUUGGUAACGAACUCAGCAUGAUCAUCCUGCUCCCUGAUGCAAUCCAGGAUGGAUCCACUGGCUUGGAAAGUCUGGAAAGAGAACUUACAUAUGAGAAGCUGAUAGAUUGGAUCAAUCCUGAAAUGAUGGACUCUACAGAGGUGAGGGUGUCUUUACCCAAAUUUAAACUGGAAGAAGAUUAUGAUCUGAAACCCAUUCUGAGCAGCAUGGGAAUGCCUGACGCAUUUGACUUAGGGCAGGCAGACUUCUCGGGCAUCUCAGCUGGCAACGAGCUGGUGCUCUCUGAAGUAGUGCACAAGUCCAUCGUGGAAGUCAACGAAGAAGGCACUGAAGUGGCAUCCGCCACGGCAGGAGUGAUGAUGAUGCGCUGUGCAAUGAUCGUUCCAGAAUUCACUGCUGACCAUCCCUUCCUCUUCUUCAUCCGCCACAACAAAACUUCCAGCAUUUUAUUCUGUGGCCGAUUUUGCUCUCCCUAAGAAGGAGAUGUCUUGGCGGAA